AUGGGUUUGAGGAUUGUGGUUUAUCUUCACCUGCUCUGCAUGUUUGGAAAGGUUGCUUCCAAAAAAGGUGUUAAAUGUGGAGGGAUCCUCUCCAGCUCCGGCGGGAACAUCUCCAGCCCCAACUUCCCCGGUCUCUACCCCUACGACGUGGACUGCUCCUGGCUGAUCGUGGUGUCCGAGGGUUCCUCGGUGCUCCUGACGUUCCAUCACUUCCAGCUGGAGUUCCACCCCGACUGCGCCUACGAUUACGUAAAGAUCUACAACGGCGUGGCGGAGGACGAGGGGAACCUGCUGGGGAGGUUCUGCGGGGACGCCUCGCCUCCAUGCUUCAGCUCCUCCUGGAACAUCAUGUCCAUCAUCUUCCACUCCGAUCGACACGUGGCGUACACGGGCUUCCUGCUGGGGUACAAGAAAGAUAUGUGUGGCGGGGUGCUGACGGGACUCUCGGGCGUGAUCUCCAGUCCCGGAUACCCUCACGAGUACAGUAACAACGCCGAGUGCUGGUGGACGGUGCUGGUGUCCAACCGCAGUGUGGUCACUCUGGAGUUCCUGGACUUCCAGCUGGAGAACAACGACGGAUGUAACUUCGACUACGUGGCGCUGUUCGACGGUCCGACGGUUCAACACCGUCACCUCGGUAACUACUGCAGUAAUGAGAGACCACCGGUCACCGUGACGACCACCAAUCAGCUGCUGGUCAUGUUCAGGUCAGACUUCAACAUCGGAGGACGAGGAUUUAAAGCUCACUAUUACUCAGGCGAGUGCCAGCAGGUGUUCAGGACCAUCCGUGGGAAUUUCACCAGCCCGAACCACCCCGGCAUCUACCCCAACAACAUGAACUGCCACUGGAGCGUGGUGCUGGCGCCGGGUUACAGGAUCAAGCUGUUCUUCCCGGCGCUGGAGCUGGAGGAUCGGAACAGCCUGACCGGUUCCUGCGAUUUCGACUCGGUGUCGGUGUAUGACGGGGGUGACCGGACUGACCCCGUGCUGGGGCACUGGUGUGGGACGGAGCAGCCUCCCGCUUUGACGUCCAGCACAAACAAGAUGCUGGUGGUCCUCGACACGGACAGGAACGUGGCCUUCAGGGGCUUCACGGCUACCUACACCGGAGUGGUACCAGUCAACGUGAGCUGCACCAGAACCGAGUUCCAGAUCCAGAUCUCCCAGCAUGCUUUGCCUCAGCUGGACCGUGAGAAAGUGUACCUGGGAAACCCGUCCUGCUCCGCCCACAUGACGGCGACCGGCUACAAGAUCCUGGCUCGGUUCGUGAACUGUGGAACCGCAGGUCAGAAACGCCGGAACAUCACCAUGCUGGUGAACACGCUGUACAUCGACCUCUCGGACGGCGGCCGGCGGGACGUCCAGGAGUACGAGGUGCAGUGCGACGCUCAGAGGAAAGUGGCCACGGUCAGCAUCAUCACGGCGGAGGACCGGAUCCGCCUGGACGAGCUGGCCCGCCUGGCCGAGCGCUCGAAGGUCCAGACGGACGUGGCGGGAGCGGAGACGGAAGCUCACGAGACCAGCGACAUCGUCUUCAUCAGCGUCUGCGUGCUGGCCGUCAUCCUCAUGCUGAUCGCCAUCGUCUGGCUGGUGCUUCUGUAGACUGGACGUUCCGUAGAAACUCAAAACAAUGCAUCAUGGGAUGCCAGGCAGUGGCACAUUCGGUUCCAAUAAUGUGAACAGAACUCACACAGUCCCAGUUAGACCAAGACUUAGGACUAAAAUGCAAGAGACCAAAUUAAAACUCACCCACGUUCUUAACGGCUCAUCCAAUCAGGGUCACGGGGGGUGCUGGAGCCUAUCCCAGCUUUUCAAUGGGCGCAAGGCACACAGGAACACCCUGGACGGGGUGCCGGUCCAUAUCAGGGCACACACA